AUGAAUGUCAAUGCAUCCAAUCAACUGCCGUCACAAUCUCGGCCGAGCAUCAAUCAACCAUUACAACAGGCAACUGCAGAAGAAAAAUGCAAAAAACGUCAUGGGAAAUAUGUGAAGAAACAGAAAAGAUCGAAAAAUGUCACUACUACAACGAAAGCUCCUUCUCCAACAGAAAUUUUAGUCACAUCAGAACCGAAAACAAAAAAACAAGAAAUUCACAACAAUCAGGAAAAAUCUACUAGUUUUGCAAAGAAACGUAAAAGAGAUAUUUCUUCAUUUGAACUUCAUCGUCAUUUGGUACCAUCGACGAGUAACAUAAAUCUUCGUCCACCAGCACCUAAAAAAAUGAAAAAAGUCAUGUUCAUCCAAUCAAUACCAUCUGAUAGUAUUAGUGUGAAUAAGAAUUAUCCAUUACCAGCGUAUUUAACUCAUUCACCAUAUUUAAUCUUUCAAGCCUUACGGCAAGAAUUUAAUAGUGCAAUAAAUAAAAAAGUUGAACGAAUAUUUCUUCAUGUACGCUUACAAUUAUUCGAUCGUCAAUAUCGUCUCGAGCUUGAUCAACGUUUAUGGCAAUCGUACUUAGAUAUUGGCCUCCAAGAAAAAUUAUGGCCUCGUUCAUUGUAUGAAAUUACCAAGACUGAUCAAGUAGAUCUAUGUGAAAAUUAUAUUAUGAUACAAUUAGCUAUGAUCGAUGAUCAAUUAGAGCAAUGUAAUAUGGAAUUGGCUAGACAAGCGCAAUCAACGAUAUCAAUUCUAUUACCAACACUCGAUAUUAUCGAUGCAAGUUUAAAAAAUUAUGUUUCCUUACAACAAAAUUAUUUAGUCGAACGCAUGCAACAUAAAAUAAUGAAAUUAAAGGAUGAGCUUUGUGAUGAACAACUCUAUCGAGAUUUAUUUUCUUACAAUUUCAAUACUGUUCAACGACAAAUCAUUGAACAGAUCAUUCAUGUACGAACGACACAAUUGCAAAUUUACGAAGAAUUUAUGAUGCUUGAACAACGUAUUCUACAUCAGUUUCUACCACCAAACUUUGAUCAAUUUGAAAAGAUUACAGCUCCUGAUAUAUAUUGGCCAUCGAUUGCUGAUCAGACACUUGUCGAUAUACGAACAAAACGUCGUACAAACUUGAAACGAGGAAAACGUAAUUUACUCAAUCUUUUUUAUGCUGUCUAUGAAUAUAAAAUCAAUGAAUAUCAAGUACACUAUAAAGAAAAUUUCAAUCAAUUAGAAUUACAAAAAUUCUCUACUACGAUUCAAAUCAAUGGCAUGUCUCUAAUCGACUAUUUCAAAGCUUAUAUGAUACAUCGUACUCAAACAACUAUUGGUAAUAUAUUUCAAAAAUUCAAUCACUUUCGACAGAUCAUUGCUCAACGUUAUCAACGAGCAUCAGCUGCCAAGACAAUGGUUGGUGUGUCACCUGAAGUGAUUGUUGAUGUUCUUCAUUGUCCUUAUAAAUCUGACGAAUUAUCUCACGUAUCCUUAGGUCCAAACUAUGCUCGUCCUAAUCCAAGUGCUCUUCGUAAGUUGAAACAUCGUGAAACUCAAAUAGGACAUCAUCUGAAAGAUAUCACUGAGAAAGUUAAAAAUCAAGUAAAGAACUACUGCAAAAGAGACGUACCAGUCCCAAGAAUGACACGUUAUUCUGAAUUAGUUGAAAAUUUACUUCGACAACAUUAUAUGACUCCAUUAUCCUAUGUUGAUCGCAUGCGCGCUGCACGAGAAUUCAAAUUAGUUAAAUCUAUUCGACGAAAGGCACAACAUGCGAAACUUAUUAUACGUGUCUGCGAUAAAGGUGGUGGUUUUCAUAUUGGUAGUAAAAGUGAUUAUGAAAGAAAAGCAGCUAAAUAUCGUGAAGAUACAAAAGCCUAUCAAGAAUUAUCAUACAAUCCAUUGAAGGAAAUAUUCACUAAUGUAACAAAUGCACUCGAUAUUCUCAAGAAUAAUAAGCAAUUACCACUCAAGGAAUACAAUCGUCUAAUGCCAAAACCGGAUCAAGUCAAAUUAUCUUACAUGUAUUUUAAUCCAAAACCGCACAAAGAAGGAACACCAUUGAGACCAAUACUAAAUACCAUUAAAUCAGUUACAAGAUCUAUAUCUGAUUUCUUAAAUGAAUUGAUUCGACCUAUUUAUGAUCAAUAUAAUAAAGAGAAUACAAUUAUUGAUGGUGUGAAUCUUAUCAAACGUCUCGAAAAAUAUGCUGCUGAUGGUCAUCUUAAAUCAUCAACUCUUUUCUGUACUUUUGAUAUCACUAACUUAUAUACCAUGCUGCCACAAGAUGAAUCCAUUCGAAUUCUAGGUGACUUUCUUCAUACAUAUGUUGAAAAUGCUUUUGUCUACGAUCAUAAAUUCUACAAACAGAUUAUUGGUGGUGCAAUGGGUUCGCCAUUUACAUUAACUUUAGCCAAUAUAUUUAUGUGGCAUUGGGAACAACGCUGGAUUCGACGACAAAAUAGUAAGAAAGAAAUCUAUGGCCGGAUGCCAAUGGAUGGCAUCCAAAUAUUAAACUGGAAUUUAAUGUUGGACAGUGUUUCAUUUUUGGAUGUACUCUUGACUAAUAAUAAUGGCACACUUCAUACGUCUGUUUAUCAUAAACCAUCAGCUGAACCAUAUGUUGUUCCAUUUCUUUCGGAUCAUCCACGAUAUACAUUUCCAAAUAUUAUACAAACAGCACUUGUUCGAGCGAUUCGCUAUUCAUCGACAUUCGAAGCCUUUAAUAAUGAAAGACGUGCUGUCCGAUUGAUGUUAUUAUUUAACGGUUAUCCGACCAGAUAUAUAGAUAGAGAAUUUCGAAAAAUCCUAGGAAACUACAUAUCAACAAAUUCAAUUCUACCAACAGUUGACAAUGACGAAAAAUUUAUUCAAUUACGCAAAGAAUAUAUGAAUCAACCAACUGCUCGAUCUUCUCAAGUCGAAGCACGUAUCACACAAUUCAAUGAAAACAAUGAAGAAUCUCAUAUCGAACAACCUGUUCAAACAACAAUAGCAACAACAACGGACACGAAAAAAUCAAAAAAGAACACUUUUCGUGACGCAGUGAUUAUACAUUAUACACAUGAAAAACGAUUUACGACGAUGAAAAAAGAUAUGCAUAAAAUCUUUCGUGAAGCUUUUGAAGGUUAUGGUUUAGAAGCUGUUAGACUUAUUGUUGGAUAUCGAAAUCAUCCAAAUUUUGAACGUGAAUUAACACGUAAACGACCACCUCUCAAAUAUCUUACAUUAAAACAACAGAAAAAAUCGACAUCAGAGACAGAACCAAAUCCAUUACAUGACGCCGAAUAA